UUGAUUACAAUUAAUUCUGCAGUGGGGAGAAAUCUGGCGGAAAAGAGUAUGCAAUUAAUUCAUAUUUUGAAUCUGUCCUGGAUGCAGUGAAUGAAGAGAUAGGAGAAAUGGAACUGAGCUGGAGAAGUGAGGGUUCACACGCUUGAAUGAGCGGAGAGAAAGUCUGGGCUACGGAGGAGUAAAGGUGGGUAGUUGGGAUUAAUUCCAACGCCAUAGCCUACUAUUAUCAUUGUGCAAAGUAUGAAGGUGUUAAUGCUUGGUCCAGGGUGUUCAUCUGUGGGUUAUGGAGCAACACAAGAGAUUGGACCUUUCAUCAUAAAUGCAGAUGGAAAGACUCUUUCUUUGAAUGAGUACUCAUGGAAUAGAGAAGCCAAUAUAUUAUUUUUGGAGUCUCCCGUGGGAGUGGGGUUUUCCUACUCUAAUAAAACAUCUGAUUACAAGAUGUUAGGAGAUACCAUUACUGCUGAGGAUACAUACAUGUUCCUCCAAAACUGGUUGGGAAUUUACCCCCAGUAUAGAACGCAUGAGUUCUACAUUGCAGGAGAAAGCUAUGCAGGGAAAUAUGUGCCUGAGCUUGCAGAACUCAUACAUGAUCAAAAUAAAAUCUCCUCCAAGAGUCUUUAUAUAAAUCUCAAAGGUUUUAUGGUGGGCAAUCCUGAAACAAAUGACGAUAAAGAUUUGCGAGGUCAAAUGGAUUAUGCAUGGAGCCAUGCAGUUGUAUCAGAUGAAACCCACAUGGCCAUUGUAGAGAACUGUGAUUUUGAUUCUAAUAAUACAUUGGACAACAAAAACUGCAGUGAUGCUAUAGAUGAAGUUAUUGAACAACUCAACAAUAUAGACAUGUAUAGUCUGUACACUCCUACAUGCAUUCACAAGAACACACCAAAAAGUACAGAUAGUGGGAGAAACCAGUUAAGAUAUUCAACUAACAAGAUAAUGAGGAGGGUCGGUGGAUAUGAUCCUUGUCUUGAUGACUAUGCCGCAGUGUAUUACAACAGAUAUGAUGUUCAGAAAGCUCUUCAUGCCAUCAAUGGUUCACACCUUAGAAAUUGGAGUAUUUGCAACUAUGAUAUCUUCAAUGGGUGGACAGACUUCCGAGCAUCUGUAUUGCCUGCCUAUCUUAAGCUUAUGGAUGCAGGUCUCCGUAUAUGGGUUUACAGUGGAGACACAGAUGGACGGGUUCCAGUGCUAUCAACAAGAUACAGUCUAAAUGCUUUGCAAGUUCCCAAAAGUACUUGGCGACCAUGGUAUUAUCAGGGACAGGUAGGUGGGUGGACUCAAGAUUAUGGGAAGUUGACAUUUUUUACAGUUAGAGGUGCCGGCCAUGCAGUACCACUUUUUAACAGAGGCGAAGCUCUGUUUUUCUUCACUUCAUUUCUUUCAGGGAAAGUUCUGCCGAAGCAAUGACAAUGACAGGCCUUCAGAUUAAUUUUUUGGGUUUUCCUCAACGAAGAUAUUUAGGUACCGUAUGGAAUAAAAGUAUAGGUAUAACAGGCGGGAAAGUUAUAUUUUAAUCUAAAUAAUGUGAAAACAAUAUAAAAGUACGUGAUCUGGGACAGCCUGCAUCUAUCCGAAUAUUACUAUUCCCGUACUUAUUGAAGGCUGAAAUGACUAAUAUAAGAAGAACGCUGAUGUAUACUGCAUGUUCAAACAUUCAUUGCAUUUAAUGGU